AUGCCAAAGGAUAACCAGGGAUCCUACGAGCUGGUGGAUAGCCAGUCUUUCAACAAGGAUUUAGAACAAAACAUAACUACAUCUUCAGAUGAUAUCUUUCCUCAAACAACUGAUGCUUCAGAUUCAAAGUUUCUUAGAAACAAAUUUGAUACAAUCGCAAGCCCGACAAGGUCAAAAUUUUCUUUCAGAAGCUUCAAAAAACGCAAGUUUUUGUUUACAUUUCUAAUACUAGCCAUCGUGGGGACAAUUGGUACUGCAAUAUAUACAACUAAUAUUGGGGCUGAUAUAACCAAUUAUUACAACAAUAAGACCUCAAAUAACUCAAAUGAAAAGACACCAGAAUCUGAAUCACCAAAAACUGAUGACGCUCAGUAUAAUAAUAACGGAGAACCAGUUGAUGCUGCAAAACCUAAAGAAACCCCUGAAGAUAAUAAACCAGAAUCAAAACCUGAAAGUAAUAGUGAUAGUGAUGGUAAAGCAGAAUCAAAGCCUCAAGAAGAACCUGAAACCCCCAAACAAGCCGCUCCAAAAGGUAAAAAGAAGAUCACAAUGGAUGAAAUAAGAGCUGGUAAAUUUUAUGUAUAUGACUCAGAUAUCCAUUUUGUUCAACCACCAGCUCAAACUACCGAGUUCAAUGAUGAAGGUCUCCAUUUCACAAGAGCACAUAAUAAGAUAGUAGUGGAAAAAGGUACAGAUAGUUCAUACAAAGAGACACUAUUAAAUGAUUUAACUUUUGAAUAUGAAGGUCAAAAACAUCGUGUUGCUAAAUUUGAACCAAAUUUCGAUCUUACAUUAGCAUUAGUCUCUUCAGAUGAAGAAUUGAUUUAUAGACAUUCUUCAAAUGCGUAUUAUUGGGUUUAUAACAUCAAAGAUCAAACUUUUACUCCAGUUGUCACCAAAGAUAAAACUAAACCAGUCAAAGUAUCUUAUGCUACGUGGUCACCAAAGUAUAAUUAUAUCUCAUAUGUUCAAAAUAAUGAUUUAUACGUCAAAGAUGUUAGAGACCAAAAUGUUAAAAGGAUUACAAAUGAUGGCUCUAAUAAUAUAUAUAAUGCUAAAACAGAUUGGGUUUAUGAAGAAGAAGUCCUUGCUGAUGAUAAAGCAUUAUGGUGGUCCCCGGAUGAAGCAUAUUUUGCAUUUAUGCGCACUGAUGAAAAAUCAGUUCCUAAAUAUCACUUAGAUUACUACGUUCAAAACUCAGAUGGUGCUUCCAAAUAUCCUAUUGCUAAAGAUGUUUCAUAUCCAAAACCAGGCUUUCCAAAUCCAAGAGUUUCAUUAAAAUGGUACAAUAUGGAAUCUGGCGAGUUGAAUGAUGUUCAAAGACCAGAUAAUGAAUUUGGUGAUGAUUUCGUGAUUUAUGAAGCUUUAUUUAUCGAUGAAGAAAAUUUCUUGGUCAAAGAAACAGAUAGGGAAUCUAAUAGAUUAGCUGUUCGUCAUUUUAAUCCUUUGACAAAUGAAGGUAAAGUUAUUUAUAGAGUUGAUGCAGGGAAGGAAUAUUCAGGAUGGAUUGAAAAAUUCAAUAAAAUUGUUCCAAUCCCACCAAGAGAUGGUUCUUCAUCAUGGGGUUAUGUUGAUGUCUUAGUUAAGGAUGGCUAUAAUCAUUUGGCAUAUUUCCAAACAGCAGUAACUGAAACUCCAAAAUUCCUUACAACUGGAGAAUGGGAAGUUUUGAACUCACCAAUAAGCUAUAGUAAAAAGAAAGAUUCAGUCUAUUUCCAUUCCAAUAAAAGAUCAUCAAUUGAUAAGCAUGUUUAUUCUAUUAAUUUAGCUACAGAUGAACUAUCAUCAUUGGGUGAUGCCUUAGAACAAGCAUACUAUGAAGCUGAUUUUUCACCAGAUGCUUCAUAUGUUUUCUUAAAUUAUCAAGGUCCAGAAACACCAUCUCAAAAGAUGUAUAAAGUUGAAGGAUUAUAUGAGAUUAAAUUAUUAUCAUUAGCUACCAUGCUGGAAAUGUCCAAACGUGCAUAUGAUUUACCAACAAAGAAAUACCAUAGAGUUAAUGUCGAUAAAUAUGAUGAUGAUACACCACUUGACGUCAAUGUCAUUGAAUACUUACCACCAAAUUUUGAUGAAAAGAAGAAAUAUCCAUUAUUGGUACACUUUUAUGCUGGUCCAGGCUCACAAGUUGUGAACUCUAAAUUUGAUAUUGGAUUUGAAGAUACUAUAUCAUCAUCAUUGGAUGCUGUUGUGUUAUAUAUUGAACCAAGAGGAACAGGUGGUCAAGGUUGGAAACAUAGAUCGUGGGCAAAACGUAAAAUUGGUCAUUGGGAACCAAGGGAUAUAACAACUGUCACUAAAAAAUGGAUUGAAAAGGGCUUUAUAGAUACUGAAAGAACUUCAGUUUGGGGUUGGUCAUAUGGUGGGUUCACUACAUUGAAAACUUUAGAAUUUGAUGGUGGAGAAACUUUUAAAUAUGGUAUGGCUGUGGCACCUGUAACUAAUUGGUUAUUUUAUGACUCUAUAUACACAGAAAGAUAUAUGGAUAAACCUGAUGAUAAUAAAGAUGGUUAUAAAGAAUCUCAAAUCUCAAAUGUGGAAAAUUUAGGUAAAGCUAAAAGAUUUUUAGUCAUGCAUGGUACUGCUGAUGAUAACGUUCAUAUUCAAAAUACUUAUUCUCUGUUAGAUCUUUUGGAUAUUAAAUCAGUGGAGAAUUAUGACGUUCAUGUUUUCCCUGAUUCCGAUCAUAGUAUUUAUCAUCAUAAUGCUAAUAAAGUUGUUUAUGAUAAAUUGUUCAAUUGGUUGAGAGAUGCAUUCCAAGGAGAUUUUGAUAAAAUUGGUCAAUGA